UUCUUUUCUUUGUUUUUAAAUCUUUAGGGGCAUAAAACAAGAGCAUGUCGGUGGUCAGCGCAGUGCCGUUCAUGAAGCCGCUCCACAUGCGCUCUCCGGUGCCGCGGGGCCGCCGCCACACGCUGCCGGCCAGCGAGUUCCGCUCCCUCAGCCCAGAGGACGCCAUCAGCGUGUUCGAGAUCGAGAGAGAAGCCUUCAUCUCAGUGUCCGGUGAGUGCCCUCUCCACCUGGACGAGGUGCGUCACUUCCUCACCCUGUGCCCUGAGCUGUCUCUUGGCUGGUUCGAGGAGGGACGUCUGGUGGCUUUUAUCAUCGGCUCACUGUGGGACCAGGAGAGGCUUACCACGGACGCCCUGACUCUCCAUAAGCCUCAUGGGACCACCGUCCACAUCCACGUCCUGGCUGUCCACCGGACCUUCCGCCAGCAGGGCAAAGGCUCCAUCCUGAUGUGGCGCUACCUGCAGUACCUCCGCUGCCUGCCCUACGUCCGGCGCGCCGUGCUCAUGUGCGAGGACUUCCUCGUUCCCUUCUACCAGAAGUCAGGCUUCAAGGUGCAGGGCCCCAGUGAGAUCACGGUGGGGCCCCUCACCUUCAUCGAGAUGUUCUACCCUGUUAGGGGCCACGCCUUCAUGCGUCGCAACAGUGGCUGUUGAGGACAGAGGGACUCAAUGUGGAUUCUCCCUGGCUGUAAGUGGCAGUGGGACCCUCGACCCUUAGAAACAGGAUGAGGGGGUGUCUGAGCAGCUUGGCUAUGCGCAAGUGGCCAGCAGGGUUUGUGAUCACCGCUGUGAGGCUUGUUCAGCAGACAGUGAGGUGUGUGUUCAGUCUGCAUAGAGCCGAAAAACAGAGAGCUGCCAUCCAGCUGCCAACAACAGCUGUUUGGAAAAGUGGUCAGAAACUACAAAUAUACUGAUCUGUAGUUUAGCGUGAGUAAAGCAUGUUGUCAAAAUCAUUAGAUCGAAGUCCUGAAAGAAUGUAAGCACGUGUUUCAAAUUUCAAAUUUUGUUUUUGUAUAAAGCCAUUUUAUUUUUAUUUUGAUACCUUUAUUAUCAUGUUAAAUAGAACGCAGCUGCCUUGUUUCUUUCUUUGCCCUUUUUUAAAUAUCUGUUAUUCAACCGGUCUUUCUGGCUACAUAUAAAGCCAAAAAGGUAAAGUAAAAAGAAAAAGACAUAAAAAUAACUAUGCUAAUGAUUAAUGCAUUCUGUCCUGUAUAAACAGCAUGCCUUUGACAGGAGGUGGAGAAGAUUAUCAUGUUACACAUUGUAUAAGUAUGAUAACGGUUUGCUUUACACCAAAACAGUUAAUGUAUUAAGGAUGUUGGAUACUGGAGAUGCUUGUCUGUUGUUUCAUAUUAAGAUUCCGGUGGUCUCAUCUGUGUCCACCAGUGACCGUUACAAAAGCCUGGUCUGUACAGUGUGUGUUGGAUUUUAAAGAGCAAAACAUAGCCUUUCACAGAACACAACUUAGAGCAAUGUAUGUAUGCAUAAAAUCACCAACACAAUAAGUAUAUUUAGAUAUCAUGAAUAUAUGUCCUUUCAAAGUCCCUCCUUGAUAGUCUCCUCUCUCCUUUUUCCUCAUAGA